UAUUGAUCUUGUUUUCUAAUCAUUUAUCCUUAGGGGUUUUUCAUCUUUAUGGCCAUUAGUUUUGAUGACAAUUAAUUUAAUCAUAAACAUAGAUCAUGACUCAACUCUCAUUGUAUUCAACUGAUUAAUGGUAAAUAUUGAGCAAUUUGCAUCCUAAUCUAAUCACCAACAUAAUAAUGUCCAAGGAAAUUGAAUCUGUUCAACCAACUCCACAGACUGAAAUGGAUGCCCUUUUACUUGGAAGGACAAAGGAAUUGGCCGCUGUUGUUGAAGGCGAUGGACGCAAUUGGAGGGGAAUCGGAAUCGCCUUCCUGGUCAUUCUGGUCAUUUGUGGGAUCAUCGCUGUUGCCGUUUUCCUUUUAAGUCCCGAAAUAAUUACCCUUAAAAAGCACACAAAAAAAGACGAAAUUGACCUGAAUGAUUAUAUUAACGGGGCCUUUUAUCCUCGCCUUUUUAACGGAUCUUGGCUAACAAACGAUCAGCUGAUUUAUAAAGAUGAGGAUGACAACCUUGUUACCUGGAACAUUAAUCAGAACACUUCAACACGAGAAACCUUUGUUCCAGCAUCAUUUUUUCAUAUUCACAAUGUUCAAGAUUUCACCCUAUCAGCUGAUCAUCAAUAUCUAUUGAUAAAACAAGAUAUACAAAAGAUCUUUCGUCACACUUAUACAGCAAAGUUUAAAAUCUACAAAAUCAAAGAUGAUGAGUUGAUUCCACUUUCACCAAGUCCAAAGCUACCGGAUGCCAGGUUACAAUAUGCUCGUUGGGGACCUAAAAAAGAUGACCUUGUAUUUGUUUACAAUAACAAUUUGUACUAUCAGCCAUCUGUGAAUGCCCCAAGUGUCCAGUUAACUCAUGAUGGUAACGAAUCUGUUAUUUACAAUGGUAUACCUGAUUGGCUUUACGAGGAGGAAAUACUUUCCGAUUCAAAUGCAAUCUAUUGGUCACCUGGUGGUGAACGAGUGGUUUACAUACAGUUUAAUGAUUCUCAAGUGGACACAAUCGGAUUGACCUUUUACAAUGACUUUUUACCUAAAAUUUAUGGACUACGUUAUCCAAGAGUCGCUCGUCGUAAUCCCGGAGUUAAGCUUACCUUGAUUGAGGUGGAUUCUAGUUUAUAUUUGAAAAUGCAAGUCCGUCCUCCUCUACUUAUACGGAACUAUCGCGAUUAUUAUGUCACUGAUGUUACCUGGAUUAAUGCGUCACAUCUCAGUGUUACUUGGUCAUUAAGAAGUCAAGAUAUUUCUUUGGUCAGUCUUUGCUCAGAUUCGACAGGUUGGGACUGUAUCAGGAUGACCUCUUUUAAUACCCUAAGAAAAGGUUGGCUUGAGUUAAAAUCUCCCGUUUUUGAUGACACUGGACGCAAUGGUUACAUUAUCGCACCUUCAUUGCAAGAUGAGCAGCAUGGAUCUUAUCAUCAUAUUUGUCAGUUCUAUAUAAGCGUAAACACGGAAGACAACUUUAUAACUAGAGGUUUAUUUGAUGUAACAAGUAUUAUCAAAUAUAAUCGUGACUUCUUGUAUUAUCAAGCAACUUUACCUGGUAAACCAGGUGAACGUCAUCUAUUCAAGGUUAAUGUUUAUACACAAUAUGUUACCUGCCUUACCUGUGAUUUAAAGGGUUAUCAAGGUUCCAAUUUAGAAUCAGUGAAAGAUUCAAAUUCCAAUACUAAUGAUUGCCUUUACUCAAGAGCCUUUUUUAAUGAAGAUGCAUCAGCUUAUAUACUCUCAUGCCUUGGACCGGGAAUACCAAGAACUGAACUGAGAAUCACUAAAUCUAAUUCUCUAGUGACCACUCUUCAACCCAAUGAUGCCCUACGAGAAAAGGCUGACGAGCUUUUACUGCCAAAGGUCAAGUUACUCCAGGUUCCAAUUGAAGGAGGUUACAAUGCUAGUGUUAAAUUGUUACUUCCUCCUGGAUUGCGAGAAGAUGAGAUCACCAAGUAUCCUCUUGUUAUCAAUGUUUAUGGUGGACCGGGUACUCAACAGGUUACCAGUAGAUUUGAUAUUGGUUGGGGUCAUUAUCUUGCCUCCCGUCGUAGGAUUAUCUAUGGGAUGAUUGAUGGAAGAGGAAGCGGAAAUAAUGGUGUUAAACUUUUAUAUGAGGUUUACAAACGAUUAGGAACCGUUGAGAUUGAUGAUCAAAUUGCAGUUACAAGAUAUCUGGUCAACAAUUUACCUUAUAUUGAUGCCAAGAGAGUUGGAAUCUGGGGCUGGUCUUAUGGCGGGUAUGCGACCACAAUGGCCUUGGCUUCGGAGCCCACGAGCCCAGGUUUCUCAGAGCCAGUGUUUUCCUGUGGAAUCGCUGUUGCUCCAGUUACAAGCUGGUAUUACUAUGAUUCAACUUACACUGAACGAUACAUGGGACUACCAACUAAAGAAGAUAAUAUAAUCGGCUACACUAAAUCCGAUCUUAUAUCGAAAAUUGGUAAUUUGAAAGGCAAAAAUUAUCUUCUAGUCCAUGGAACUGCUGAUGAUAAUGUCCAUGUCCAACAAUCGAUGCUUCUAAUGAGAGCAUUACAACGAAAUUCGAUAAUGUUCCAAAGUAUGAUUUACCCUGACCAGAACCACGAACUACCCCAAGUUCAUCGUCAUUUAUACCGAACAAUUGAAUCUUUCCUGUGUGAAUGUUUCGACCUUGGAACCGUUUACGAAGAAGUGGGUCUAAGAAGACGGCGAAUAAUUAAAAAGGAAUAUUCUUAAUUUCGAUAGAGAAGCAAACAAAAAAAAUCAAACUUUCUUUCGAACUACAAUCAAAAGAAACCAACAAAUGAUUUCUAAUCAAAAAAAAGAGAGAGAAACAAAUUCAAUUGGAGAUAUUCAAAUUAACUUAUUCUCCAUCUUUGUCCCCGAGAUGGUCAUCGUCAUUGGUCAUCCUAAAUAUUUAAUUUCUCCCUCUCUCAUCUUCCAAUUUCGUGACUAAGCUCGUCAUCUUUUCAAAUGUCCCUCAUUUCGUGCUUACAACAAACUCGAGCUUAUCUAAUGUACUUUUAUCAUUCAAAGUUUUAGAAAAAAAAAGUUCUAUUCAAGAACUUUCCAUCUCUCUUUCUCUCUCCCUCUCCCUCUCCCAUUUAAUUCAGACAUAUUCUGUUAUUACUUGUUGUUUUAAUUAGUAAAUCAGAAUCAAGAUAAUUAAUAACAACACCAAAAGUCAUCAGAAUGCCAAAGAUGAAGAUUAUCAUGUUAACAAUGAAACUUAACAGCUGAUCAUCAACUUCCUUUAAAAACAACAACAAAACAAACUAAAAAAUUAUAAUCUAU